UAUUAGGCUCAACUUAAUCCAGAAGACUCACUUCCUCCGAUUUCUGAUGCUCCGAACUUCUUGUUGCCGCCGUUGCCGGAAGUAACCUUCAGUCAUCUACUUCCAAGAGCAUGCCAACCCUAUCCUCCACACAUGGAGGAGCAAGAGUUCGGAUCAUCAGCUGGAAAUAACUGGUACGGUCUGAAUCCAGUAAAUUCAACUCAAAACCUCAUGCCUGGAGCUGCUGGAUUUUCAAGCUAUCAGUCCUCUAACCCUCAUUUUCCAUAUCCUCAAAACGAGAACGUAGGAACACCUUUCUUCUUCAACCCUCUCAUAUCAAGCAGUACACCACCGUAUCGUCCGGUGCAGAUGCCCGUCGGUGAUGUUAUGGUGGAGCCAUUUCACGAACAGGAGCAACUGCCUCUGUCUCUAACUUUGGGGCCCAAUCAAUAUGCCACAAGCACAAUGAUGGCAGGCCACAGUGGUGGGAAUCAGAGGCCGUCCUACCUCAACCAGCAGCCAGCUGCUUUCUUCUGUCGCCAGAGUGUCAAUCCUGCUACACAGCUCUUGAUUCCACCCGGGUUUUGGCCCCAACAUAAUCAAGUUAUACAAGGUUAUGGAGCUUUUAACCCACAAGGGAACAACUCCGUACCCUAUGGAGCUGCACAAAUAAGACCCCAACCCCAAUACACCCUACAAUUGCUGAAUCAGCCACAACAAAUGAACCAAGUCCCUGAAAAUCCUUUUCAAGUAGGGGAGGAUUCCGGGGCCCCGCCUCGACAACAGGAACAAAUUAACAAAGGGAAGGCGGCCCUUGCACGGAAGGCACAAAAUUCUAAUUCUAAUCCUCCCAUGCAGUCUAGGCCUCGUGGAGUGGCUAAGUCACGACCUUCUAUCCCUAUCCCUAUAAGGCCGAGGCCGUCUGUGCUGCCUAACAUAGCUGAUCCUCCGCAUCACAGCUCUGCGCCUUCCAAAACUCAGAUGCCCUUUAGAUUUCCUCCCAUCCAACUUGAAGAGAUAAUGAAUCAAUCUAAUGUUACAAGUGAUAGCAGUUUUAAGAGGAGCAGUCAACUCCAAAAGUCCCUAACUGAGCAAGGAGAGAUACCAGAACAGGGGUUUUCUGAAAAACAACAUGGCAAACGACCAAUAAAAGUGUCAUCCCCGGCCAAAUCCUCAGAGAGGACUUCAGCAGCUUCUAGUCAUAGGGAAGUCAACAGGAGUACUUUUGAACCACAAGAAAAUGAAUUAACUCUAUUCACCAGUUAUUCAGUUCCUCCUAAUCCAAGGCAAAUUAAAAAUAGUCUUUAUGAUCCAGCAUUUGAGGCGAUGGGAUUGCCUAUUGACCCGCAUCUUCGAAUGUUGCUAGCACCCCAGCCGAAUCCUCAUGCAAAGAAAUAGUUGGCUUGGUCAACUUUAACUUGUCCGGCAAGAGUUGGUCCUGCCGUGAUUUAUUGUUCAAUAAUAAAAUGCCAGUGUUAUUCUGACAUUAUAGUCCUUGACAAUUGUUUAAGGUCUUUCCUUGAUGGAUUUCUUAACGGAUCCUAAGAAUUUUAUUUAAAACUUUUACCAAAAAAUAUUUCUAUCUAGUUGCAGUUUCCA